UAAUAAAGCAUUGUUUUGGCGGGAAACACUAAGGUAAAUAAACAAACAGACAAUCUUGAGGAAAGUAAAGAAAGCUAAAAGGUGAAAAUGGUUUGGGGAGCUAUAGCAUCAGUUGGGUUGAAUAUAUUCUUUGGAUUUCUGUGGUAUUCCCCGUUUGGCCUGGGAAAGCUUUGGAUGAAAGCAACCUUCCCUGGAGAGUCGUUACAGCAGCUUCAGGAAAGCAAAAGUCCUUCUGCAUUGCCUCUUACCAUUUGCUCCAAUUCGGUUCUGGUGGCCAUUCUUCACUACUUUGUGGGACCCUUUCUGGGAGUGACCAGUGUUCCUGAUGCCCUAAAGGUCGCGCUCGCCUUGUUCGUGGUAGGGUCUUUCCUUGAUAUCCCACAUACCUUCUACAAAAGAGGUUCCUUCGUGACGUACUUGGUAGACCACUCUUACAACGCCGCUGUCCUUACAUCAACCUGUCUGUGCCUGGUCUACUUUGGCUAAGCCUCACAGCCAUGAUUAGAUUCCAUCAGAAUUAUUUUUCAUGUCUUCAUUUUCACUUUUAUCAUAUCUAGGGAAUAGCAAAAAAACACUGUUUUACAAUUUUUCACUGGAAUUGUAUUUCAAAAGAAACAUUGUAAUUCAAUUAUGUAUCAAGUGCUUUAUAUACAUUUAUUCAUUUCUCUGAGCAUUUUAAAUCUUUGGCAGCUGGGGUAGUUAAGUGCAAAAAAACUGCUAAAACACCUUUAUAAUCUUGUGUAACAGAACUGAUGUGUCUAUAGGGUGUAUUACUCAUUUGCAAGUGCUAUCUAGCAUCAUAUGUAAUUUGUGAACUAACACAUUAUACAUGUAUAUACCUGUACCUAUAACCAUACACAGAACAAAAGGAGCCAUACAUGUUAAUGUUAUACUAUUCAAGAUUAUAAAAGUGGAUUAAACAUGUUGACAUACCUGUUAUGCAUGCGUAAGAAAUGUUCAGGUUUUGAUCAUGACAAACUUUCUUGAAACAUUAUGAUCUGAUGAUUUCAUUUCAUCUCAAAUUUGUUUUGAAUGUUCAAAUUCUGCAAUAUUCCUGUGUGUACUAUACUGUAUUAGGAUAGUGUCUAGUUCCUGUUAGGUUUAUUUAGAUUUGUCUCUGUGUUUAUUACUUAUUAUAUACUUAAUUAAUCUCUGUGUUUAUUACUUAUUAUAUACUUAAUUAUAAUACUACAAAUAUGUGUCGGUAAUACUAAUAUCAUUCACUUAGUAUUUCUUCUUUGUUAUUUUUUUAGACCUAUUUUGGUUUUAUUUUGAUGUAAAAUUUCUUUUAUGUGCAAGACUUGUGUUGCUUGCUAUCUUUUUCUGUAAAUAGGCUGUUCAAUUUACCCUUGUGCCAUUUUGAAGACUUAUUUUCUGAAAUUUUAAGGAAGAAAUUCUGGUUUUACCUUUUGUUUAUUUGCAGCAUUUAAUAUUUUAUAAAAAAAUAUCUAAUAUCAAUAAACUUUUGUAUGGA